AUGCUUCGCCAAUCCAUCGCUCGCCCUCUCCUGUCCGCUAACCGGGUCUUGUCCCAGCGGGCAUUCUCCGUUGCCGUCCCCCGCAUGGGUGAGGGUGAUACCGGCGCUCCUCGCUCUGGAUCUGGUGGUUCUUCUGGCGAUUCCUUUACGAAGCGCGAAGCUGCCCAGGAAGCUCUUUACAUCCGUGAAAAGGAACUGGAGAAGCUGCACCAGCUCAAGAAGAAGAUCACCGCUCAGCGCGAACACCUCGAUGACCUGGAGGCGCACAUUAACACCUUGACCAAGGAGCAAGGGAAGCAGUAA